CUGGUCCCUCCUGCCAGUCGGAUGUUCAGCAGCAUUUGUUGCACCAUCGGCUGCACUGGUGUUUGAGCUUUGCACACUCGUCCACUCUCCUCCCACAAUCUGCCCUCUGCUAUAUCUUACACCCUGGAUUAUCACCCAGCAUCACACUCCAUCCACGGUUCAUCUCAGCUCACCCUCAUGUCUACUGAGAAUGCAGCUCACCCUCUGGCUUAUAUUAAACAUUUUAUCUCGGGAGGGAUGGGGGGAGUGUGUCUUACACUGGCGGGGCAGCCUCUCGACACCAUUAAGGUGAAUCUACAGAUUCAGGCUCGGCCUGAGGUAGGCGUAUCCCCACGUUAUAAAAGCACUGCAGACUGUUUCCGAAAGAUCAUCUCGCAGCAGGGACUAUGGGGUCUCUACAGAGGCAUGGGGGCCCCGCUGGCUGGUGUGACUCCUAUAAUGGCAGUCACGUUUUUUGGAUUUAGUCUGGGAAAGAAGUUGCAGCAGAAUCGUCCAAAUGAGCCUCUAAGACCCCACCAGGUGUUUGCGGCAGGAAUGUUGGCAGGAAUCUUCGGUGCAGUUAUCGUCAUUCCUGUGGAGCGGAUCAAGUGUUUGCUACAGGCUCAGGCAAACAGCUCAGUGAAAAUAUUUGCAGGACCCCUAGAUUGUGCCCAACAACUGUAUCGGGAGCAAGGUAUCCAGAGUUUGUAUCGAGGGACUGUGCUCACUCUACUAAGAGAUAUCCCCGCCACUGGAAUGUACUUCAUGAGCUACGAGUGGAUGAAACAGAAGCUUACACCAGAAGGCCAAAGCAUCAGCAAUCUUAGCGUUGAGCGUAUUUUGCUCGCAGGAGGUGUGGCCGGCAUGUGUAACUGGGUAGUGGCCAUUCCGAUGGACGUACUAAAGUCUCGAUUUCAGACAGCUCAGGCUGACCAAUACAGAGGUGCUCUGGAUGUCUUGAGAGAAGUACUGAGAAACGAAGGGCCCAGAGGGCUGUACAAGGGCUUUACAGCGGCCAUGUUGCGAGCCUUCCCAGCCAAUGCGGCCUGUUUCCUGGGAUUUGAGGUGUCCAUGAAAUUCCUAAACUGGCUGAUUCCUGACAGCUCUUGAAGACCGGGGACAGACUGGCAGUUUAAACUCCAUAUAUCUAGAACUGUAC